AUGGCAGAUGAAUACAUGGACGUUUGUUAUAAGCUGUGGGAGAGCACAUGGGCCGAUGAUAGUGUGGUGUGGGAUACGGAGAGAAAGACGGCCUUUGAUCCAGAGAAGGUGAAGAAACUGGAGCACAAAGGCAAGUAUUUCAAGAUGAACGGCCGUUUCCAAACGCAUCCUUCACCUCAACGGACACCGGUUUUAUUUCAGGCAGGUACCUCGAAGUCUGGAAGAGCUUUCGCUUCGAAACAUGCUGAAGCGAUUUACAUCGGCGGGCUCUACCCAGCACAGUCAGCAGACUCAGUUAGAGACAUCCGUGCAGAGGCAGCGGCACGAGGACGAGACCCGAAGUCUCUCAAGUUCUUCGUUGGUAUCUCUCCCAUCCUGGGCAACACGUUGGAAGAAGCCCAGGCCAAGUACGAGAGGGCGAAGGAGCACGCCGACGUCAUCGGCGGUCUCGCUGUCUUUGCGGGAUACACAGGCAUCGAUCUCAGCACAUACCCUCUGGAUGACCUGUUGGAGCUGAAGGGCCAACCAGGCGAGGAUGCCGUGCAUUCCUUCUUGAAAUCUUUCAACCACACUACCGGCAUCGACAAGCCUUGGACACCGCGGAGACUGGGAGAGACGAUGGCACUUGGCGGGUUCCAUCCUGCGCCUGUCGGCACUCCGGCAAUGGUGGCUGAUGUGUUCGAAGAGUGGAUUGACGAGGCAGAUGUCGAUGGCUUCAACAUCAGCUACCUCACCACUCCGGGCGGCUUCGAAGACAUCGUGGACUUGCUUCGUCCGGAGCUGGUGAAGCGAGGUUUGAUGUGGGAAGACUACGACGUGCCGGGUGGAACUCUGCGAGAGAACCUGAAUGGCAAUGUAGGGAGGAGCAGGGUGCCAGCUGAUCACUACGCUGAACAAUUCAAAUGGGGCCAACCAGUUCCUGGGGAGCCGGUGCAGGAGAUGACUAAUGGGCAUGCUAAGAAGUGA